AUGCCCACCCUCGAGACCAGUGAGCCCGUGACGGGCCGCACAGUAUCGCCCGCCCACGCGCCGCCCGUCGUCCGUCGCAGCGCCCUGGGCUGCACCAAACUGCGAGACAGCUGUCACUCCUGUGCCACUUCCAAGAUCAAAUGUACAAAAGAAAAGCCCUCGUGCUCCAAGUGCGUAGCCCGAGGCAUCGACUGCCAGUACUUCUUUGCGAGGCGCCCGGGACGUCGACGCGAGGACGGCUUGGGGCACCCGACCAGCUGUACCAGCAGUAACAACAGCAGCAGAAGCAGCAACUCCUCCUCCUCUCCAUCCUCUUCAUCUUCCUCCUCGUCGAUUCCAAAGUCCACUCUAGACAGGGACAUUUAUAGCACCCUCUCCCUAUCUGGUGACACAAUUGGGGUCGGGGGACAUUCUCCCCGGCAUGGAUAUGCGACGAACGGCACAGCCCCCGCCCCCUCCACCAGUUUACCUGCGAGCCACGGCUUCCUUGAUAUACCUCAGAGUUUGAUGAUAGGAGAUGCGUUGACGACCGAUAAUUUUCCGGCCCAGUAUUCCUCAGACCUCUCUGCCGUGCUGGAGGACUCGAAUAUGUUUCAUUUGCUCUCUGAUUUUAACCCCGACCCCAACGACAUGGACUUUAGCAUGACGGAUUACUUUGAAAAUCCCGUCAGUUUUGGCCUGGACUCGUUGGACUCUAAUGACCCUCUGAGUGCAUCGUUCGCGGUGUCGUCUUGGGUACCCUCGCCUGCCUCGAGCGUUCCAACGUCAUCCACCACAGACCCUACGAUGAUGGUGAUGCGCGCGCCCACCACCAACAUAUCCUGUAGCUGUGUGACCCAGUCUCUCGAUCUGUUAAAAGCGCUGUCGUCGGCUCAGUCCUUCCCCACCUCUCCAAUUUCCGGCGCGGGUCCGGCGCUCUCGUCAAGCGUGACCACUAUGGGCUCUGUGCAGGAUGUAUUGAUAGAGAACAAGCAACACAUUGAGACAGUAAGCAGUCUGCUCUCAUGCUAUUCGUGCACCGAGGACGCCUUCCGACUUGUAAUAGUCUCUAUGAUCGUGCUCAAGAUCCUGGAGCGAUACGCCUCUGCGGCACGGACCCAGGUUUUCGGCUCAAGCAUAGGCAGCGUGGAGACCGACACGGGACCAAGAUCAGCAAACAGCAUGAUCCCAAGCAGCAACGACCAGAUGAGGGCGCUGAGCCGUUCAGACACCAUGCCCGGGGACGGUAGCGCCAGUGGUUUCGCUCCCGCUCAGCUUGUCCUCAGCGAACUGCACCGGGUGCAAAGAUUAGUGAAUCUGUUGUCGCCAAAGCUAAAAGGAAGUAGUCAUCUCCAGGUAGCAAAUGAACAUGCCAAAACGCAAUCAACCCCCUUUUCUUCGAAUACGUUGGCUCAAAUGGAGAGCGACGUGCGGAAGAGCCUCAGUUCCUUGUCUGCGGAUAUCAUCGACAGACUUCGACAGAGUUUGAAUGAAUGA